UCGGGCACACAGCACUAUGGCCUCACUUUGCAACACCCAAUAUUUUCUAAACCCAAGGCUUCCCUUCCGGCUGUUGGCUCUGGUUGGGACUUUGACGUGGCAUUUUCUUGUCACAGAAAGUGCUGGUCCAAUUCAGCUCAGAGGGGAGGUUGGUGGAAGUGUGACGUUUUCCUGCCCCGUUGCCAAACAAAAAUUAAAAUUUGUGUACUUUCAGAGGGGCGAGAUAUUUGUCAAUGGCUAUUAUGAAUCAAAAAAUACAUCACAGCUGGCAUGGAAGAACACAAGAGUGGAUCAUGACAAGACAACUAUGCACAUGUACCAUUUGAACGUCUCACAUGAUGGUGAAUAUCAGUGCCAUUUCCAGUACAGUGACAGUGGUGGAGCUCAAAAACAAGUCAUACAUCUCAGUCUCACAGCCAACUACAGUAAACCUGAUGUCACAGUGCACUACAGUGAUGAAAACCAUCGCUAUAGUUGCCUAGUGACAUGUGCUUCACAUUGUGGGUACCCGAGCAACAAGGUGAUGUGGAACGUAUCAGGGAUUCAGAUGUGGAAGGUUUUGAACAGCAGUGAAAUUAGCGAUCCAGAAACCAUGAUGGUCAACAGCUCAAGCACGGCAUACUUCAACUGCUCUAAUGGAGAGACUUCAAUCAGCUGCUCUGUGGGCGACGUCAGCUCAGACGUGGUCUCAGUCUGUUCACCCAGGGAUCCCCCACCUGUUUCUCACAGUCCUGUGAUUAUAGCCAUCUUCGCAACAGUGGGUAUCAGUAUUAUGCUGGUAUUGCUGCUGUGUUGGAGAUGCAAGAAGGGACAAAGAGGAGCGGCAGCAGUAAAUUUUAGGCUAAUAAAUCAAGAUGUGAGGAAAUGUGAGGAGGAGGCAACAGUCCACAAUGAAAGCAAUGAAGCGACAGAGGCCUCUUGAGUGGCAAAUUGGUGAAGAUGAAUGAACAACUUCUUCUUGGUUCUAGAAUCUAGAACUAAAACUAUAUGUCAUUCGAGUGUACGUUACAUUUGUGACUGACUAGCUGUAAACGAGCCAGGAAGUGCCAGAGUGGUCGGGGAAUCAUUGGCACUAGUUUGUGAAUCAGAAUCACUGGGGAAUGCUGUCGACAAUUCACAGACAAUGACUUUUGUGUUUCUGUUUGAGGAAGUAUUCCUUAUGAGUAUCACUUUACGGGUGAUGUGGAAUGCGUCAUUCAACUAAGAGUAGCUUACUUCUAAAAAACAACAGACUUUUCCAAUGAUUGUGGUGAAAUUGUUGUUGUAAACUGGAAAACAGUAUCUGUGGGGAGGAAAACUUCCCAGCACUAAGAGCAGUAAAAACUCUUCGGGCAAAAGUAGUAUGCUGAAAAGUUUCACUUUUGGACACUUUUCCAUCUUUAAAUACAGUAGGAUAUUGUUGUUGCACUUUCAAAUUCCCCUUGUGCCUUUUCUUAAGCAUAGUACAAUCUACAAUGUUCUGUUGUAUUUAGUGUUUGGCUUUGUGGAAUUUCUUUUUCAUUUUUUUAUUUAAUGAAUAUAAUCGAACAGUCAACGUUAGUCAUGUCAUGCCGGUUUCUAAUUCAUUUUGUUUUGAAAGUGUUUGAAAUGUACUGUGGUUCCCCAAUUGUGUCUAGGGUUUUACUCUCCAAUUAGUCUGGUCUAUCAGAAAUGAUCAUUGGCAAGGGAAAUAUGUGUUAAUGCAGAAGAUGUGUUUUUUUCUGCAAUAGAUUCCAGUAUUUUAGGAGGUAAAGUGCAAUAUUAAAUACAAGGGGAACAAGUUGUUUUCUUAAUUAAAUUGCUGUUACCCUUAAGACUAAUAUUUUGGUCUUCUUAGCAAUUUUGACAUUUUUUUCUCAGGUGACUGUUCUCAUGUAAAAUAUUGUUAUUUUGCUAUUUAUUUUUAUUGUUUUUUUCCUUAACAUUAAAUUGUGUGUUGUUUA